AUGCCCAAGGCAACGACUCCUACCGCCUCGCGCCCUGGGCGGCGCCACAACCCUCUGGAAGAUGAUGUUCUGGCGACUGGCAUCCUGCGCAACAAGCCUACCAAGAGAAAGUCCAAGGAGGCUGGAGAAUCCGAGGACAAUUUCGUUGAUUCUAAAGCCUCGAAGAACAUUUUGCGGAUAGGUCGCGAGCUGAUGGAAGAGGAAAACGCUGAGCGACCAACAGUUAAGCCCACGGUGGACAAUUUUGGUUACGGUUCAAGAUUUGGCGAGGAAGAGGAAGAGCACAAGACAUAUGAUGACGACGAGGCCUGGGGGGAUGAUGAUGUCGAGGUUGAGGACGUCGAGGUUGAUCCUGAAGACCUUGAUACAUACAGAAAAUUCAUGGGAGGCGAAGAGGAGGAUGACCUGUUGAAACACGGCUGGGAUCUCAAGGGUUCUGGUGAGCCUCAGGGAGAGUCUGUCAACUUGGCCGAUCUCAUCCUAGAGAAGAUUGCUGCCCAUGAAGCGGCAAAGGCUGGCGGAGGCCAUGUUCGCGCUCCCGACGACGAAUACGAACUCCCUCCCAAGGUCGUAGAGGUAUACACCAAGAUUGGCGAAAUCCUCUCUCGCUACAAGUCCGGACCGCUUCCCAAGCCCUUCAAAAUUCUUCCAACUAUUCCCCACUGGGAGGAGAUUAUCGAUAUCACCAAGCCCGAGAACUGGACUACCAACGCCUGCUACCAGGCGACCAGAAUAUUCGUCUCUGCCAAGCCUGGCGUAGUCCAGCGAUUCCUCGAGAUGGUUAUUCUGGAGAGGGUGCGCGAGGACAUCUACGACACGAAGAAGCUCAAUGUCCACUUAUUCAACUCCCUCAAGAAGGGACUUUACAAGCCCGCCGCUUUCUUCAAGGGCUUCCUGUUUCCCCUGAUUGGCAGCGGCACCUGCACUCUUCGAGAGGCACACAUCAUUUCAGCUGUCCUGGCGCGAGUCUCCAUCCCAGUGCUGCACUCUGCCGCAGCCAUCAAAGGUCUCUGCGACAUUGCCGCUCAGGAGGCUUCUCAGGGUAGCGAAGGCGGUGGAGCGACCAACAUCUUCAUCAAGACUCUGUUAGAGAAGAAAUACGCCCUUCCUUACCAGGCCAUCGAUGCUCUGGUCUUCCAUUUUCUGAGAUUCCGUGCCGAAGACCCUGCCUCUGCCAGAGCCGGUGAUACCAUGACCGUUGUCAUGAGCGGAUCAGAUUACAAGGCCAAGCUGCCCGUUAUCUGGCACCAGAGCUUACUGGCCUUUGCGCAGAGAUACAAGGGCGAUAUCACGGAGGAUCAGCGUGAGGCACUUCUGGAUCUGCUGUUGACGCACGGUCACUCCGCUAUUGGUCCUGAAGUCAGACGAGAACUGCUGGCCGGACGAGGUCGCGGAGUGCCUCUGGAGCCCCAAGGUAUGGCUUUGGAUGGCGACGAUACAAUGGAAAUGGAUGCAUGA